AUGAAUCGUCUUUCAUUAUUAUUACAAGUACUAUUAUUAAUUUUUCCUCUUCCUCAAAUUAUUUAUACCCAAGAGGAUAACAUCUCCAAUGUACACGAUUUACGUCCUGAUGAUAUAAAAUUAAUAUUAGCUUUGGGGGAUAGUAUUACAACAGCAUUUGGCGCAGGCGCAAAAUGUAAAAAUAAUGGUGGUGAUAAUAAUCAUUUAGAAGAAUUAUAUGAAUAUCGAGGAGUUAGUUAUGCUAUGGGUGGUGAUGAUGGUACAAUAAGUUUGGCAAAUUUCUAUAAACAUUAUUCUCCUGAAUUAAGAGGUGCAUCAAUAGGAAAUCAUAUAAUUGAAUUUUGUUAUGGAAUACUUUGUCCACCUAAACAAUAUCAUCCUGAACUAGAUAAUCUUAAUGCAGCACUGUCAGGUGCAAUGGUAAAAAAUCUUGACUAUGAGAUUGAUUAUUUGUUAUCUCAAUAUGAAAAGGAGUCUGAAGAAUUUAAAAGAUCCAAUGACAUAUGUUUAAUUUGUAGUCACAGCAUACCUUGGAUUACUGAAAAAAAAUUCGAAAGAUAUCUAAUGAAUGCUAUCGAAAAAAUUCGAUUAAAUAUUCCCAAUGUGAUAAUAAAUAUAAUGGAUGAAUUUAAUGUGUCUCAAAUUUAUGAUCUUACCAAAGGACAAACAAAAUAUUGUACGAAAUUAGGUCCAAUAGGAGUCCAUAAUCGUCAAGAGAUGGAUAAACUUGGUCGUAAAUAUAACGAAGCAAUCAAGAGGAUAGUUCAUUAUUAUUCAGAACAACCCAGCAAUACAUUUGCAGUAAUUAAUCAUCAUUUUGAAUAUAAUUUAACUUCUUUUCCAAUUGAUUCACUUAGUUGUGUUGAUUGUUUUCAUCCGAGUACCAAACUUCAUCAAUUCGUUGCCAAAACUCUAUGGAAUUCUUUGCCAUUUUCUUCAUCGCCUGAUCCUAAACUUGUAAAUUGGGAAUUAGAUAAAAAGAUUAGGUGUUGGAAUGAACAAGAUCGUAUACGUACUCGGUUUUCAAGACCAUGGGUUGUAACUGAUUUAGACACAUCAGAAGAUGAUACUUACAUUCAAGAUCAAAAAAUUAUUAAUGACCCAAAUAAAACUAAAACUCAAAUUGGGAAAGCGAAAGCGGCCUUUGUGGUAUUAAUUAGAAAUGAACAUUGGAGUGUUCCCAUGGAUAUUGAUAUGAAUAUUGUCAGGAAAAAUAUGGAAAAGAUGCGAGAAGAACAAGUCUUAUAUGGUGAUAGUUUACCUUAUCGCCAUAUGUGCAGAUUUGAAUCCGGAUUCUUCUAUCGUCAUGAAUUAUUAGAUAAAUACGAUUAUUAUUGGCGUGUUGAACCUGGAGUUCAAUUCUAUUGUGAUUUGGACUAUGAUCCAUUCGUAUACAUGAAGAAAUAUGAUAUUAGAUACAGUUUUACUAUUUCAUUGUACGAAUAUCCCAAAACCAUACCAACAUUAUGGGAUAGUGUUAGAGAAUUCGGUAAAUUAUAUCCACAAUAUAUCGAAAAGGAUAAUUUGAUGGACUUUAUAUCAAGCGAUGGUGGUGGAUUCUUUUAUGAACGUUGGGGAGAUGCACCUGUUCAUUCAAUUGCUGCCUCUCUAUUUUUAAAGAAACAUCAAAUCCAUUUCUUUAACGACAUAGGAUACCGUCAUGAACCAUUCUCGCAUUGUCCCGCUGAUGAAAAAAUACAAUUGAAAUGUCACUGUAAUCCUCAUGAUAGUUUUGAUUUCCAUGGAUAUAGCUGUACUGGAAAGUGA